AUGGAUGACUUCGUUAGCGAGUCCGACAGUGACUACACCAGCUAUUGGCGGGACUGGUUCAUCUCAUCCCGCGGCAACGAAUACUUUUGCGAAAUCGACGAAGACUACCUGACGGACCGCUUCAACCUGACGGGCCUCAACACCGAGGUGCAGUACUACCAGUAUGCGCUCGACCUGGUGACGGACGUCUUCGACCUCGACUGCGACGAUGACAUGCGAGAGACUAUCGAGAGCUCGGCUAGACAUCUCUACGGCCUGGUGCACGCGCGAUACAUUGUCACGACGCGCGGUCUGACAAAGAUGCUCGACAAGUACAAAAAGGCCGAGUUCGGCAAAUGCCCCCGCGUCAACUGCCACUCCCACCCCCUCCUCCCCAUGGGCCUCUCCGACAUCCCCAACCUCAAGCCCGUCAAGCUCUACUGCGCCCGCUGCGAGGACCUCUACAACCCCAAGUCGUCGCGCCACGCCUCCAUCGACGGCGCCUACUUCGGCACCUCGUUCCACAACAUCAUCUUCCAGGUCUACCCGGCCCUCAUCCCCUCCAAGAGCAUCGAGCGCUACAUCCCGCGCGUCUACGGCUUCAAGGUGCACGCCGCCGCGGCGCUCGUCCGGUGGCAGGACCUCAAGCGCGACGACAUGCGGAGGAGGCUGCGCAAGCUCGAGAUCGAGUCCGGCUUCAGGGAGGAGCAGAUUGAGGACGACGACGAGGAGGAGGACGACGAUGUCGAGUUUGAGGGCGUGGAGGCGAACAACGCCGCCAACAACAACGUGAGGCUGAUCGAGGGGCCGAACUGA